AGGUCCAAUAGAGAAAGGAAAAUGGCUUUGAUACAAGAUGUUGACAAGUUGAAGAGGAAGCUUAGACUCCAAGAGAAUGUUCACAAAGUGUUAGAAAGAGCAUUUACAAGACCUUUGGGGUCCCUUCCUCGUCUUCCUCCUUAUCUCCCCCCACAUAUACUAAAGCUUGUUGCUGAAGUAGCAGUAUUGGAGGAGGAGGUGGUUAGACUAGAAGAAAAUGUUGUGAAUUUCAGACAAGCUCUAUAUCAUGAAGCUGUCUACAUUUGCUCUAAGUGGAAAUCAGAAUAUUUGAGGGACACAAUGGAAGAGAACUCCAUCAGAAGCUCCAAAUAUCAAACAUGAAAAUCUUUUUCCCAAAG